AUUUACAUUUCCAGGUAAAUCAAAGUGUAAAUUCAUAAAUUUCUCUGUAAAAUAAUAAACAAAAGCGAAGAUUAAAAUCACGAAAUCCAGGUAACGAAACGGCGAAAACUAAUCUUUGAUAGAGAAACAAAGAAUUAGGGAUUUGGGAAUUACGAACAGACUCUUCACGUUCAGCAUUCCGAUCCCGAAUUCUUCGUACAUGGGUUUAUGUUGAUAUCGUGAAGUGAAAAAUCGUUGCUGGAAAGAGUGAAGUGUUGCUGUUUUUGAUUGGAGUUUCUCUGAGUGAUUUCUACCCGUGAAAACAAAUCACCUUGUGACACUUCACUGUUGUUAUCGAGUGCAGAAAAUGAUGGCAGAUACCCCUUCAUCUCCAAUGAAUACGCCUUGCGAACACCCCAAUAGUGGGGCCUCCCCUUCUCUUUCAUGGCCCGAUGCAGACAUCAACGACAGUGAUGAAUCUGAUUUGUUCUCAAUUUCAUGGAAUCAGGACUACGGUUGCUUUGCUGCUGGAACAAGUCACGGUUUUCGCAUCUAUAACUGUGAACCUUUCAAAGAAACUUUCCGACGUGAUUUAAGAACUGGUGGAUUCAAAAUUGUAGAGAUGCUGUUCCGUAGCAACAUCCUAGCGCUUGUUGGUGCUGUAGCUAAUUCCCAUUACCCACCCAAUAAAGUUUUGAUUUGGGAUGAUCAUCAGAGCAGGUGCAUUGGUGAAUUCACAUUUAGAUCUGAAGUUCGUGGAGUGAAAUUAAGACGUGAUCGAAUUGUAGUUGUUCUCGAGCACAAAAUAUAUGUUUAUCACUUAAUGGAUUUGAAGCUUCUUCAUCAAAUCGAGACAGUGGCAAAUCCUAAAGGGCUGUGCUGUCUUUCAUACCAUUCUAAUACAUUUGUUUUGGCUUGUCCUGGUCGUUGCAAAGGACAGGUUCGAGUUGAACACUUUGGACUGAAUGUGACAAAAUCAAUCAAUGCUCAUGAUUCCCAAAUUGCAUGCUUGACUCUGACAAUGGACGGGCUCCUUCUUGCGACUGCUAGUGUGAAGGGCACUUUGAUUAGAAUCUUCAAUACAAUGGACGGGUCUUCUUUACAAGAAGUAAGAAGAGGGGUGGAUAGGGCUGAAAUCAACAGUAUAUCUCUGUCUCCAAAUGUCCAAUGGUUGGCAGCAUCAAGUGACAAAGGCACUGUUCAUAUAUUCAACUUGAGAGUGAGAGUGUUUGGGGAGGAUAGUGUAAUACACCCAAAUUAUGUUCAAGGGCCUGCACUGCUUCAUCAGAAUUCUUCAACUGCUUUAGAUCCCUUGAUUUCUCCAAAUACCGGUGCCAACCCCAAUUCAUCAUUAUCUUUCAUGAGAGGGGUCUUACCAAAAUAUUUUAGCUCAGAAUGGUCAUUUGCACAGUUCCACUUACCUGAAAACACCAAAUUCAUUGUGGCAUUUGGAUCUCAGAACACUGUCCUAAUUGCUGGCAUGGAUGGAAGUUUUUACAGAUGCAGCUUUGAUCAAGUAAAUGGGGGAGAGAUGUUGCAGAAGGAAUAUAUUCGUUUCCUAAAAUGUUAAAUCGGACCCAGUUGAAGUAUUAAAGGCACUAAACUCUUGGCUUUGUACGUGUAAAUAUGAUACAUGGCUGUAUAUGCCCCUAUCUCAAUUGGAAGAUCUUGAGAUACAUGGUUGUACAUUUCGAUUGUAAAUAUCUUGUAAAAAAGCACGAAAUUGAAAAGGAGAUAAUAGCCAUUGCUGACCAAAUAAUUGUCUGAGAUAUAUUGAUAGCAAUUGCUAAUCAAAUAAUGUUCUUGCUGAA